UCUUCACACAACCAUUAAUUUAUUCUUGAUAAUAUAAAAAAGGGAACGACCAAAUCUUGCAAACUGCUGGGCUAAUUACAACGAGGCAUGAGGGGAUGAGCCUGUGGAAGAGAGCGGCGGGUCUUCUCAAAGACCGCAACAGCAUCUGGGCGGCGAGUUUAAGUAGAAAAUCGUCGUAUCGUAACCCCGACCUCGAAGCCGCGAUUAUCAAAGCAACAAGCCACGAUGAAUGGCAUGUUGAUUAUCGAAAUGCACAGAGAAUUUUCACGUGGUUACGAACCUCUCCUCUCAGUGUGAAGCCUCUUGUAUGGGCACUCUCUAAACGUAUGGAGAAAACCAAGAGUUGGGUCGUCGCUCUCAAGGGCUUGAUUCUCAUGCAUGGCGUUUUUUGUUGUAAAAUCCCGGCUGUUCAAAGGAUUGGACGUUUGCCCUUUGAUCUUUCAAGUUUUAGUGAUGGACAUUCAAAAUCGAGCGUUUCGUGGGGAUUUAAUAAUUUUAUUCGUGCUUAUUACGCGUUUUUGGAUCAAAGAUCGGCCUUUAUGUACGAACAAAGUAAACAAAGCGAGGAACCGAUGAUGCAAGAGUUGAAUAAGCUGCGAAGUUUGCAAAAUCUGCUAGAUUUGUUGCUUCAAAUCAAGCCGCGGACGAAGAAUAUGCAUGUAACUUUGAUUCUUGAGGCCCUGGACUGUGUGGUGAUUGAAAUAUAUGAUGUUUAUAGCAGAAUUUGCAACGGGAUUGCGAGGGUUUUAACGAGGAUUUAUUCAGCUCGGCCCGGCGAAGUGGUCAUGGCGCUUAACGUUCUUCUUAAGGCAAACGGACAGGGUGAGGAAUUGUCUCUAUAUUUUGAGUUUUGCAGAGAUUUUGGAAUUUUAAACAUGCUGGAGCUUCCGAAAGUCACAGAGGUCCCGGAGGAAGAUAUUCGAGUUCUUGAAGGACUCAUCAAUGGCGAUCUAGAAAAUAUUGAUAAAGAAGAUUCAAAGAAGAAAGAGGAUUCAGAAAUGGCGGAUUUAAAUGAUGAUAAUGUUCAAGAGAAAGCCAUGGUGGUGAAAGAAGAUGAAAGUUGUUUUAAUAAUAAAAAAAGAUUAUUAAGGACAAUAAUAACUGACAAAUGGGAGGUUUUUGAUGAAGAUUUCAAAGUAUAUGCAGAAGAAAAUGCUGCAGAAUGGUCAUUAAAUCCAUUUAUAGAUCCACCAUAUGUUCUUCCUCUUGUACCUGUACAAGAAUAUAAACAUGAUCUUCCAGACUUGAUUAAAUUCUAUUAAUUAAUUUUUUUUCAUGAAGAUUAAUCCUAGGUGUUCGCUAUUGCUUUUUCCUUUAUGCAGUUUCUCCAUACAUAACUUUCUUCUAAUAAUAA